GCUACCGGGGUUCCCAGAUAACGGGACUAUCGUAACGGACACACACGCACACACAGACGGAUGGUGGUGGGACAGAGCCAAAGAGCCGAAUUCCGCUUAACGGGUACCGUGUUGUUUUCUUUUCGUUCAGUUUCAACAUUUCGUGCACAAGGAGUGUUGCUCCUUAAUUUAUUUAUCGAUUGAUUGCGUUUUAAUUACCGACUCGUGAGUGGAAACGAAGGCGGGAGCGUAUCGAGCCGCUGCGUAGCCUUAUACGUGCGUGGUUAUUUAAAUAUAUUAAGCGAUUCUAUUAUAUUUUAUACAAAUAAAAAUAAAUGCUGCUUGAAAUGCAUGCAAUGUGCACGAGAUAAACCAGACAGUAGGAGAGCUAGAAACCAAAUAUUUAUGUUUAACCUUUGCAAACCGUUUUAAACCCAGCCACCGCGACUUUAUUGUAAUGUAACCAAAUAGUUUUGUAUUAAAGUGAAGACGAUUUUGACUCGAUAUUUGUUUUAAAAAGCUAAACCAAAGUGAAACCGGAUCGCGACGCGCGCAAGGCCAUUGUGACGUUUACCGGCCGCUCACCUGGUCUCGCGCGGGAUACGCAAACCCAGGAAACGUUAUGACAGUUAGGACAACAAGUGAGUUUUGAAUUUUUAAAAGUCAGAGUUUCAGCCAACUGUUCGUCGUUUGAAAGCGUAGGUCUAAAACGUUUUGUUAUUCAAAUUUGUAGGGUAAUUUAACAGAUUUUCAGACAAGCCUACAGAAAGGCAAAACAAACGUUGAGUGACUUUUAGCAUAUAUUCUGACGAUAUUUAGACCGCUUGAAAGAUCCCGACUAUCCGUCGGUGUGUGAGUCCGAGAUAGAACAUCCCUGAGGAAGAAGUAGCUAAUGACUUCGAGGCACAAUACCAAAAAUGUAAAGAUAGCUUAAGACAUUUACUUAGGUUGUACAGUUUAAACCAAAUAGUAACUAUUAAUCUACCAAAAAGAAAAAUAAAGAAACAACCUCAAAACACAAUAAGCAACCAAAGAAAAAGAAACUCAAGACAAGCGCCAAAUACAAGAGCCCAUUGAAGAAAAGCCCAGCCGACAGCGGAUCAUGUUUGUUCCCUUGCCGGUGCCGUUGGUGUUUCAGAGAACCGCUCCUGAUUUCGGCGCCUGGCGACUCAAGUCUCCGCUGCCUCUGCGCUCCGGGAACUCCGUAGAUAUCAGGAUGUCUAAAGCCAUCGAGGACAAGAUGGGGACUGAGCUUCCAGUGGACAGUACAGACUCUGAGAGGAACAGUCCAGAAGCCAGCGAUCAGACCCAGCCGAUGAAAACAAGUCCUUUCUGCCUGUCUCCUGCACCCAGCAACACAAAGGUGAAAGCCGAGGAGACUGCUGAGAUGACCAGUGUUCACGCUCCUCCAGCUCAGCCGGCUCUGCCACACACACAACUCAUGCUGGCCGGCAGUCAGCUCGCAGGGCUGGCCGCUCUCCUCCCUGCGCAGCAGCAGCUGUUGUUGCAGCAGGCUCAAGCGCAGCUGUUAGCCGCAGCCGUGCAGCAGUCGAACGCCGCGCAUGCCGCCCACGCAGCCGCGGCAGCCAAUCAGCAGCAGCAGACGCAGCAGCAGCAGGCCAAUCAGGCAGCAGCACAAGCCCAGUCUCAAACCAAACCUGAGCAAGCUCCGCCUCCACUUCUGUCACAGCCUAUCCAGCUCACUGCCCAGGCUUUCUGUCUGUCUCUGCAGGACAUUCAGCAGUUUCUGCAGUUACAGCAGCUGGUCCUGAUGCCCGGGCAUCCUCUACAGUCUCCUGCUCAGUUCCUGCUUCCUCAAGCCCAGACUCAGCAGGGGCAGCAAGGUUUGCUUUCAACAUCGAAUUUGAUUCCACUACCUCAGCAGAGCCCAGGGAGUCUCCUGACCUCCCCACCUAGACUGGGCCUUCAAGCACAGCAUCAUCUUGACGACAGGCUGUGGUCAUUGCAGAGGGAGAAGAGCGUGGAGAGCAUCAUAAGCUCCGCCCCCUCCUCAGCCCCGCCCAUGAGCUCUGUUUCCACGGUGACACCUCACGCCGAGGAGCCCAGCGAUCUGGAGGAGCUCGAACAGUUCGCCAGAACCUUCAAACAGAGGAGAAUUAAACUAGGCUUCACACAGGGGGACGUGGGUAUGGCCAUGGGUAAACUCUACGGCAAUGACUUCAGUCAGACCACCAUCUCACGCUUCGAGGCUCUCAACCUCAGCUUUAAGAACAUGUGCAAGCUCAAACCCUUGCUGGAGAAGUGGCUGAGCGAUGCAGAAACAAUGGCGAUAGACAACAUGCUGCCGAGCCCCAGUUCUCUGUCCUCACCUCUGCUGGGCUUCGAAGGCUUGCCUGGACGCCGCCGAAAGAAACGCACCAGCAUCGAGACCAACGUCCGCAUAGCCCUGGAGCGCAACUUCAUCUCGAACCAGAAGCCUACCUCUGAAGAAAUCCUGCUGAUGGCCGGGCAGCUCAACAUGGAGAAAGAGGUCAUCCGAGUCUGGUUCUGCAACCGGCGGCAGAAAGAGAAGCGCAUAAACCCCAGCAGCGCCACCCCUCCUCUGCCCAAUCAUCCUCCGGCGCAGACGCACAAACCGCCCUGCUACAGCCCGCACAUGAUGUCCAGUCAGGGACUGGCUCAAGCCGCUACCAGUCUCAGCACAACAGCCGUCAGUCCCACACCUUCUGUGGCCUGCCCUCUUAACCCCAGUGGACAUGCAGCAAUGAGCUCCGCCCCUUCCUCCAUGACUCCGCCCCCUCUCAGCACUGUCAGCCCGACUCCGCGCAGUCUCAGCAGCCCUGGCCUCAACACAGGGAACACAAUGAUGGGCGUAAGCACAGGAAUGAACCAGGCCUUCAUCAGCAGCAACCCUCUGGCCACAAUGCAAGCCCUAGCUGCCAGUGGUGGCCAGAUGCCCAUUUCCGCUCUUGAGGGCAGCGGCCAAAUGUUCCUGGGUGGAGCUGGAGGUCCAGGAGCUGGACUUCGCCAGUCCCUCUUCCUAAACCGCCCCACUUUACUGCCCCUGGCCAGGAGUGCAGGCAUGGGUCUGCUGGGCACCCCCAGGGCUUCUCCGCCUCCUGGAGCCAGCGGCACAAGCCCAGACUCCUGCUCCAUCUCCCCCUGCUCAAGCCCCGCCUCCUUCUGCUCAUUAGGCGACGCCUCACCGCCCCCUCUGGGCGGAGCCAUGGCUGAGUGACGCCCACACCAACCUGCUGCACCUGAGGGGAGUCAGAGGGGCAGAAGAAAGAAGAUAAACAAGACUCGCCUUUUCAACCAAAGCCAUCUCUCCCUCCCUCCAUUUCUCUCUUGUGCUCUCUCUCUCUCUCUCAUUACAUCUUUUAAUGCCAAAAAUACAGAGAAAUGAGCAGAAGAGAACAGGGAUAAGGAGAGAACAGGAUUACGGGGGACUGAUUAAACCAAAAAAUUGAGAGGUGGCUUCGACGGAGCUACUUUGAGAAUGUACAUUUAUUCCAUUCCAAGUGGAAAAAGACAAACUUACAUGAACAGUUUAAUUUGAGGGCAGGGUCGAGAGCCAAAAAACUUUGCGAAGAAACAAAAAGGAAAACGGGUGGCAACGAAUGGGACAAAGGAAGGACAUCUGACAAGUGUCACUGGAUGGUAGAGAAGAGAAACCAAAAAAUAAACACAUGGAGUAAGAAUGGAAAGACUCAAAAAGACAAAAAAAUGCCAAUACCAAAAACCAAAACCAAAAAAUCGGAGAGAAAAGCUUUACCUAAGACUUUGAAACCUGACUUGUCCAGGAUCAGAUUAACUCUACCAAAUACCAUUUUCCAUGCACCCUGAAUAAUUUCAACUUUUUUUUUAACUCUUUGUAAAUGUAUUUCUCAAUCUACCUCUGCUACCAAGUAUUUAGUUUUUCUCAUUCUUUUCGUUCCGUUUGAUCCCAUGACAUUUUCAGCAUUUCUUCCCGUCUUACUUACAAUGAAACACACAACGCCAAACGUAUUUAGAGGGAUUUUUCUCCACUUUCGACAGUAUUACACACAUUACUGUGACACACAUCCCCGAUUCCCUUUCCAUCAUCCAUGCCUCAAACUUCGACUCACUUUUCGUGGAUACCAAAGUGUUUGUCUGGCCUUUUGCGUCAGCUGAAAAGUGCUCAGAUGACAAGACCUCAGACAUGUCAAAAAAAACAAAACACAACAUACACAAGGAGAAAUUUAAAAACGAACCCCCCGAGCCCCCAAACCCCUGCCCUCCAUCCUCUCUGGACCCCUCUCCUGUGCCUCGGACAGAAACGUGGGUCAAACGAAGAAAAGCAAGAGGAGCAGCGACCGAAGGAAACAUCCAGGGGGACAUCCAACAACCGAGAUGCUGAGGGGAGACGUGAUGUCGCCGUUUUUUUCUUUUCUACUCACGGAUUAAACCAAAAAUAAAACCAAACCAAAACCAAUGGACUAAAACUGAACUUUGCUCAAAGGAAUGAAACCAAAUACUAGGAGUGGACCACAGGAGGUGCACGAGGAGGAGGUGUUUAGAGUAGAAAGACUCUCAGAAGAUCAUUCCUUCACCUCCUCCUCCCUCCUUCUUUCCGUUAAGUCGAUGCUUUCACUCUCCUUCCUGGACGGGAGAAUAUUUAUUAACCUCAUCGAACUGAGCUUCAGAAUAUAUAUAUAUAAAUACAUAUAUAUUUUGUUUUAUUGCUUUUUCCUCUCGGCCUGUCUGUUUAUGCUGUAUGACUCGUCUCAUUGCUUUAUAUUUUUGGGAUAAUGGGGAUAAUGACGCAUUGCCUAUUUUCAUAUUUCAUGUGUUUGGUCAUCUUGAAUUGAUCGUGCCGGGGAGGGGGCUCCCUCAUCAGGCGGUUUGCAACAAUACUGUGAACAUGUAGCUUCCAAGUUUUGCUUCGAUUGCGAAUGUUGUGAAACGAUAAGCCAAAACUGAAGACAUACCAAAAGCGAAAACUUUACUUUUUUUGACACCAAAUAGCAACCUAACCAAUGCACAAUGCGUGGAGAAAGACCAUAAUGGUGCUAGGUCUCUCCGAGGAGAGAUAGGGAGACUUGUGUGAAUGUGGAAGCUCAUCUCCAGCAUGGAAACCAAACCGAAACAUGACCGCUAGGCCAACGUAACCUUUGCCCGGCGUGUCGGCAAAACUGUUUUUGACUAUGUGAUCUUAGAUGCAUACAAAAAUACAGACAAAGGAGAAAUGUUGAGGUGGGUGGGAUGGGAUGGGGGUUCAAAGAAACUGGAAAUCCAGUUGAUGUUACACUUCUAGAGGGAAUGUACCUGUUAGUGCUUUGAUAGAUUUUGUAGGAAAAAAAAUCUAUGUUCAACUGCUUACUAUUGCUAAUGUAAAAAAACUAAAAAAAAAAAAAAAAAAAAAGGCUGUGAUAAAAAUAGUCCUUAUGAAAUGUUGAUGAUGAUGAUGAUGAUGACUUAAUUUUAGACCAAAAGCUUUAAACUGUCUCUCUUUGAUUUUUUUUUCCCUCGAAAAUUUGUAUUUAUUGUGUGAGGGGAGGGUGUAUCGAUGAUUUAUAUGUUUCUAACUCUUCAUCUUAUUUAUUGGCUUAUUUAUGUAUAUUUAUAGCAUUUUAUUUUAUCGAUUCGGCCGCCUUUUAAUCUUCGUAAAACCAAACUGGGGAAAUGUGGGGUAGCUUCAGAAAAAAAAAACACCAAAACUAGCUAUUAAAACUGACUGUUGCUUUUGUGGGCACUUUUUCAAAAAAACUGCCCAUUGCUUUUGAGAGAUGACAAGUUUCCAAACCAUGUCUCUCACACUUAGUUGAUAUGUAUAGUUAUGGGCUAAUUUUAAGUAUAACUCUUGUUCCAACUGUUUAUUUUUAUUUAGUUAUGAUUUGUUUUUUUCUAUGCGUUGGAUGAGGGGAAAAGAGUGAGAGAGAUACGCUUCUGCAUAUACCUCAUGUUUGAUUAGAAAUGCCAAAUAGAUGGGAAAAAAGCUUUAAGAAUUUGACAAAGGGGAGCAGAGGAGAUGUUGCUCAGGAGAGGGUCUUUUUUAGCGUCUUUUACGCGUGAGUAUAAGGGUUCACAGAUUUCCCCAGAUGAUCCAUCCUCAGUCCGUUUCAAAUAUCCGGCCCAUGCACGAUCGGUUUUGAAGAACAGUUGAUGGCAGAUUUGGUUUUCACAUCGGUUUUCUAUGUGUACGUUGCUCAUGUGAUUAUUGGUUUUUGUAUAUAACUGGUUUUUGUGUCGGUGUGUGUGGAAGGCUCUGCCAUAGAGGGCCCUGAAUGAUACCAAAGUUAAACCUCUACAGCGGGACCUCUCACAUGCUAGACACGCUCAAAUGCAUGGACGUUAUUGUAGACAUGCACAUGAAAAACUGUCCUUCAACCAUUUACAGCAGGAAUGUCCACGACUGCAUCAUUAUCAAUGUGCGCAGUAUGUUCUGUUGUUUUGCAUUGAGAAACAGAGGUAAAUCUGACAUUUAAAUGGAAUUUUCUGUCUUCAAAUUAGAACUUCGAACAGUUUGUUCAGUUAUUUUGACUGAGUUUAAAUGAAUACCCAAUGCAACAUGUCAUUGCUUUUCCCAUUUGUUUUUCUUCAGCUACUACAGCUUCAAUCCAAAGGUAACUGAUUAGGUCAACAAAGGAAGAUUUUCAUGCUAAAACCUCAAGAGUUGAAACCAAAGAGUUCUGCCGUAACGUGCAGAUGCUUUUCCUUUUGUUCUCAGAACACAUACCGGCUUCUCUUUUUGACAUUUGAUGUUGGUGACGAUGCUAAUUCCAUGGUCACUUUCGACUCUGUAUCUGCGUUUUUGCGAAGAUCCUUUUCCCUCUCUGUCGGUGUGUCUCGCUCUUACCUCAGAAGCUCUUCAUGGAAUUUGUAAUCCGCUCUGGAUUUGAAUCCAGAUUUUGUUUCAGAACUGUUGAACUGUCUGUUACUCAUCGCUCUCUGUGUGCCUGUUGUAUGGGGUGGGAGCGGGGUGGG